AUGCUGCUGCUCUUUUGGUGUGUCGCCCAGGCCCAGCUGGCCAAGGAGUUCUGCGUGGCCGACCUGGCCAGCAGCGACACGCCGGCCGGCUACCCGUGCAAGCCCCAGGCCGCGGUCACCGCCGACGACUUCUACUACCGCGGCCUGGGCACCACAGGCCCGACCGUGAACCCCUUCAAGAUCAGCUUGUCCUCGGCCUUCGUCACCAGCUUCCCCGGCGUGAACGGGCUGGGCAUCUCGGCGGCGCGCGUCGACUUCGCCGUAGGAGGCGUGGUGCCGCUGCACUGGCACCCGGCGGCCACGGAGCUCAUCUUCGUGGUGGAGGGCACCCUGUCGUGCGGUUUCAUCAGCGCCACCUCCAACAACAGGGUCUACACCAACACCCUGUACAAGGGCGACAUGAUGGUGCUCCCGCAGGGCCAGCCGCACUUCCAGUACAACCUCGGCAACACCACCGCCGUGGCGCUCUCCACCUACAGCAGCCCCAACCCCGGCGUGCAGACCCUCGACUUUGCGCUCUUCGCCAACAACCUCCCCUCGGAGGUGCUCACCAAGGUCACCCUCCUCGACCACUUGCAGGUCAAGAAGCUCAAGGCGCUCUUCGGCGGCACCGGAUGA